CUAUUCUGCAACCCCCAAUCCUCAUUAUUUUCUAAUGUUUGUAAUUCAACUGAAUGCGGGUUUUUUUGUUUUAACUUUUAAUAUAAAAUAUUAAUUUUUAUUGAACUUUAUUUGGUCCUCUCUGUAUUUUGUAUUUGAUUUGUUUGUAGCUAGUCACUUAUUUUUAACGUAGAAAUAAUGUCUCAAAUUGAAACGUCUGCCGAAAGUAAUGCCGAUACUAAAAUCGAUCCUAUGGAAGUAAUAAUGGAUAAUAAUGUUGUUGAUGAUGUUGCUGAAACGUCUUCUGCAUUAGCUGUAUCAAAUGGGUUAAAAAAUAGAUCAGUAAAUGUAAGUGAUAUGACUUCAAUGGACUACUAUUUUGAUUCAUAUGCUCAUUUUGGCAUACACGAGGAGAUGCUUAAGGAUGAAGUACGAACUCUCACAUAUAGAAAUUCUAUGUAUUACAAUAAACAUUUACUUAAGGGUAAAAUUGUAUUAGAUAUUGGUUGCGGUACUGGAAUUUUAUCUAUGUUUGCUGCUAAAGCUGGUGCAGCCAAAGUAAUAGGUGUAGAGUGUUCCAACAUUGUAGAAUAUGCUAAACAAAUCGUAGCGGAUAACCAUUUAGACCAUAUUGUGACAAUAAUCAAAGGAAAAGUUGAAGAAAUAGAUUUACCUGAUGGUAUUACUAAGGUAGAUAUUAUUAUAUCAGAAUGGAUGGGAUAUUGUUUAUUUUAUGAGUCUAUGUUGGAUACUGUACUUUAUGCAAGAGACAAAUGGUUAAAAGAAGAUGGAAUGCUGUUUCCUGAUCGUGCAAAUUUAUUCAUAACUGGUAUUGAAGAUAGACAAUAUAAAGAUGACAAAAUUAACUGGUGGGAAAAUGUGUAUGGAUUUAAUAUGAGUGCCAUACGUAAUGUAGCUAUAAGUGAACCAUUAGUAGACUGCGUAGAACCUAAGCAGGUUGUUACAAAUUCAAGUUUAUUAAAAGAAGUAGAUUUGUAUACAGUAAAAAAAGAAGACUUAACGUUUACUGCUCCGUUUAAUCUCCAAGUCCGUCGCCAAGAUUAUGUGCAUGCAUUGGUUACUUAUUUUACUGUAGAGUUCACCAAGUGUCAUAAACGUAUCGGCUUUUCAACAGCUCCAGAAUCACCGUAUACACAUUGGAAACAAACAGUAUUCUACCUGGAUAACUAUUUAACUGUGAAAAGAAAUGAUGAGGUGUAUGGCACUUUUUCAAUGUCUCCUAAUGAACGCAAUACUCGAGAUAUGGACUUUGUUAUUGACAUCGAAUUUAAAAAUGAUGUUAACGAUGUGACCGAAUCUAAUAAAUACCGUAUGCGUUAAUAGCAAUAAGAUAUCUUAUUUUUUAUUACAAUAAUUUUUUUUAUAUAUAUAUUACUUUUAACUUUUAAGAUAAAAAUAUUUACAAUGCCGAUUAUGGUUAAUUGAAGAACAAAAAUAGCAUUCAUUGAGAAGUAAUUUUAAUUAUGAUAAUAAUUAUUCUCUUUCUAAUAUAUUUUUUUAUUCAUUCUUCCACCAUUUUCCAAAAUCAAUUAUGUUUAUAAUUGAUAUUAAUUAGAUGCUCACUUACAGUAAUUAAGUGAAAUCUUAUAAUUUGUAUGCUAUUAAAAUAGUUAGAAAAAAAUUUUAAUAUUCAAUGUAUGUAGGUAACUUACAAACUUAAUAAUAGUGAUUUUAUUUGGAUUCACCUAUGUUUGUUCCUAAUUUUAAUUUUUUAGUCUUGCUUUUAUAAAAAAAAAUGUCUGGUAAUAAACUUAAUGUAUUUUUUUUUUUCUAUGAUUAUUUACAUUUCCUCUUUAUAAUUAACUGAAGAAUAUAAUUAAAUAUUACCAAAGUUAAAUAACUAAAUUUUAUAUUUCAAAAUAACUCCUAAAAUUUAAUUUAUCAUACUUAAUGAUUUAAUAAUAAUUUUACUAUUUAUCCAGGACAAGACCGGAAUUGGUAUAAUAUAUUAGUGUACGCAAGCUAAAUUGAUGGGGUAUUCCAUACAAGAAUAAUUUGGUCUUCCCUGUAAAAAAAAAUUUUCUGUUAUUGAAAUAGAAAAUCUUUUUAUUGAUAUAAGUUUUAUUCGCCCUUUUAAUUAUACAGGGUUAUGACAUGAACAUUGUCUUGCCUAAUUUAUUAAAUAUUUUUGUGCCAUUUUUGAAAACAAUUGUAUGUAUAGAAGGGAAGUGUAAUGUACUUUGUUGUUUAGUAUGUAAUGGAUGUGAUAAAUCACUGUAUAAGAUGAACAGCGGCAAUGUGUCAGCCUAUUUUAUACUACUAAGUAAUAUAAUAAGUGGUUGAACUAAUUUUUUCCAAAAAUAAUAUUACUAUUUAUCUUUAUAAUAUUUGAUAUUUCUUAUAUUAUUACUGCAGCUAUUAUCAAGCUAUAAAUCAAUCUCGGAGGAUGAUGUGAUUAGGUUUUUGUUAAAAUAUUCUUAGAAUUAAUCUAAAUAUUUUGUACAUUUCAUUGUUUGGUAAAUAAAAAUAGUAGAGACAAACAUUUUCAA